AUGCCUACCAUCACCGUCGACAAAUAUGACCUCUACAAGGCCCUCGGCAAGAACUUCACCACCGAGGAGUUUGAGGACUUGUGUUUCGAGUUUGGAAUCGAGCUGGACGACGACACCGAGAAUGAUGACCGGCCUAUUGUCAACGGCCAGCAGGCCCCUCCCGAGCUGAAGAUCGAGAUUCCCGCCAACCGCUACGACAUGCUGUGCUUCGAAGGCAUCGCACUCAUGCUCAAUGUCUUCCUGCAAAGAACGCCUAUUCCGAACUACAGACUAGUCAACCCGCCCAGUGGGCAGCUACAAACUAUCACCGUCAAGGAGGAUACCCUGAAAGUCCGUCCCCUGGUGGCUGGCGCGAUCCUAAGGAAUCUCAAGUUCACUCAAAAGUCCUACAAUUCCUUUAUCGCUCUACAGGACAAGCUCCACGCCAAUCUGGCCCGCCAGCGAACGCUCGUUUCCGUCGGAACCCACGAUCUCGAUACGAUUCAAGGACCUUUCACAUAUGAGGCUCUGCCCCCAAAGGACAUCACCUUUGCGCCCCUGAACCAGAAAAAGGAGAUGAAUGGAGAGGAACUCAUGCAGUUCUAUGAAAAUGACAGGCACUUGGGCAAAUUCCUUCACAUUAUUCGCGAUGCCCCCGUAUACCCCGUCAUCCUCGAUGCCAACCGAGUAGUCUGCUCACUACCUCCCAUCAUCAACGGCGAUCACUCCAAGAUUACCCUGAACACCAAGAAUGUGUUCAUUGAAAUCACCGCAACCGAUGAGACCAAGCUGGAGAUUGUCAAUCAGAUGAUGGUCACAAUGUUCUCCAUGUACUGCUCGGAGCCUUUCACCGUCGAGCCAGUGAAGAUUGUUUCUGAACAUAACGGCCAGACAAGGAUAACCCCGAAUCUCACACCGCGAGUUACUGAGGCAGAAGUAGAUUAUCUCAACAACUGCUGUGGCCUGAAUGAGACCCCUGAGACGAUCUGCAAGCUUCUCACCAAGAUGGCUUACACAGCCAAGCCCUCAAGCAAAGACAAGAACCUAGUAGAAGUCGCCAUACCUCCAACCCGCGCAGAUGUUCUUCAUCAGUGCGAUAUCAUGGAGGAUCUGGCAAUCUGCUACGGCUACAACAAUCUCCCACGAUCAUCACCAAACAAGAGUGCGACCAUCGGUGCGCCGUUACUGAUCAACAAAUUGGCAGAUAUUGUACGGAUGGAGGCAGCUAUGGCCGGCUGGAGCGAGGUUCUCCCUCUGAUUUUGUGCAGUCACGACGAGAACUUUGCUUGGCUCAACAGGAAAGACGACGGAAAGACAGCAAUCAAGUUAGCCAACCCCAAGACCGCUGAGUACCAGGUCGUACGGACAAGUCUGCUGCCAGGUCUUCUCAAGACCAUCCGUGAAAACAAGAAGCACAGCGUACCGCUCAAGAUUUUCGAGGCUUCGGAUGUAGCCUUCAAGGAUGAGACGACAGAGACGUCAGCACGAAACCAACGUCAUUUUGCUGCAGCAUUCUAUGGCAAGACGAGUGGUUUCGAGGUCGUACACGGUCUGCUAGACCGCGUGCUCCUCAUGCUGCGGACGGCGUUCGUCACGCGCGAGGAGGGCCUCGAGGGAAAGAGCAUCGACUUCAAGGUGACGGAGAACCCCGCCAAGCCUGACGGCUACUGGAUCGAGGAGAUUGAUGAGCCUACCUUCUUCCAGGGCCACGGCGCGGCCAUCUACGUGCGCCUCGAUGGCAAGGAGCAGCGCAUUGGCGAGUUUGGCAUUCUUCACCCCACCGUUCUAGAGAAGUUUGACAUAAAAUACCCAGUCUCGACGCUAGAGAUAAAUUUGGAGGUGUUCCUGUAA